AUGGCCGAGGUGAUCAGUGAUUUCGUAUCAGACUCCUCGCGCUACCACCACGGCCAUACGAUGGUAACUGGGUCUGGUCAACAGCGGUCUCCAGCAGAAUCACCAUACCGCCAACGCUCACGAUCUAAAGUCGAACCUCCACCCUCUCCACGCCAGCAGCCUACCUCCGUUGCUUCUGGUACACCUCCGCCGAGUUCGUCCGCCAGACCUCUACCUCAGCACAAUGUUGAGGACGCCCCAGAUCGAUCAGCGAAAGCUGAACCUCCUUCUCCUCCACGGAGUUCCAGUCCCCCGCGUUCACAUGCCAAAAAGAGGUUCACAAGUCAGAGGGAUUUUCCAGAAUCAUCUGCACCGUAUAGUAGGUCCCCAAUCGAGAACAAACCGAAAGUCGAACGCAAUUCCCCAUUACUGUCCUCACAUUCGCCCAUUCAAAGAUCUGCCAGGUCCCUGGAUGAUGUGAAGAAAUAUGGAGGAAAUACAAUCAAAGUCCGCGAUCUGGCGCAUAUCCAAAGCUUUGCUACCGAAGAAUUCCUAUCCUACAGGGGACAAUCUGGGCGACUACGGACUGCAGACGAUCCAACAUUGAAGUACGAGAUCAGUGGAAUGCCCAUAACAGAUAUCAUUGAGAUGGUAGCGGGGCUUCUUACCAAGAUCACGACUACAAAUGACAGGCAGCAUGAUGCUUUGAAUCGACCGCUUCCCUCAGGAGAUACUGUGAGCUUGACAGGGUACUCUUCUAGUGUUCUAGCCUUCCACGGGAAGAACGUACCAAGUAUCACUAUUUUGAGCUAUUUGAGCCGCAUACACAAGUACUGUCCGACAACUUAUGAAGUCUUCCUCAGUCUGCUGGUAUAUUUCGACCGCAUGACAGAGAGAGUAAAUGCAGGGACGAUCCAAGCUUUGAAUCGAGACACGGUCGACCAGGACAGCUCUCCGCCGUCGUCCGGAUACUCAGCAGAAGGGUCAGAUCUGGCAGACAGCCCGCCAGCAACAACAUCAAGGAGCGUACCGGAGAUAGCAGCUGAUCUCGAAAGGGCUCAGUACUCGCACGCCCCACCGCCCGAACAUAGCCCAUCGACUGCCGCCUUCCCGCUUUCGCAUUUCUUUGUCGUUGACAGCUUCAAUAUCCACCGCUUGGUCAUUGCAGGAGUUACAUGCGCCAGCAAGUUUUUCUCGGAUGUAUUUUAUACCAAUUCUAGAUACGCGAAGGUCGGUGGUCUUCCACUUCCCGAACUUAAUCAUCUCGAACUCCAAUUCCUCCUGCUUAACGAUUUUCGCCUCUCAGUUCCCGUGGAAGAGCUAGAAGCCUACGGCACGAUGCUGGUAGAAUUCUACGCCCGGGAAGUUAUUGCGCAGCGCCAAGGCCAGAUACCUCACGAUAUGGCGUAUCCAGAUGAUAACACUUCUGCACCAGCAUCUCCUUGA